AUGAACACCAAGGCAGAAGCAAACACAUGGGCGGAUACACCAUUCGCCCUCCUCAACAUUCCCGGUCAACCAAACGCACCCGUAUGCACGAAUGCCGGUGUUCUCAGUGUCGCCAUAGAAAUGGCCAAUGUUCACAACGCCUUGCUCCGCGCUCUAAAUUCUAUAUAUCACCAAGCGCCCUUCAUUCAACUCCCUGGCGAUGUUGCAGAUCUCAUGCUGUACGUAAUCGCAUGGGCGGAUACCGUGCACCACCAUCACUCCCUUGAAGAGACUAUGUUCUUUCCAAAGAUAGAGCAGAUCGCAAGAGAGGCUGGAAUAGAUGGCUGGGAAGGCAUGAUGGGAGGAAACGUGGACCAGCAUCAUGAGUUUGAGCCGAAGAUUGCAGGGCUGGUGAAGUGGGCCGAUGAAGUUAGGGCUGGAGAGAGAACGUAUGACGCAGUGGAACUGAAGAGCUUGAUCGACGAAUUCGCACCUGUCCUCACCCAGCAUCUACACGACGAGAUCGAUACCUUGAUACGACUCGAGGACUGUGACGAGGAGAAGAUCAAGCAGGCGGGGAAAGAAGUGGCCGAUGAAGGUGCAAGGACUGCUGAUCCGGUACGUAUUCUAAUAUUCUCACUGGCAGCUUACCAUCAAGCAAAGCACUAA